UUAAAAAUAUGUGCUUGAUAUUGCCUGAGAAAGGAUCAUGCUCGGGAUAUCAACUACGUUGGUACUACAAUAUUAAAACUGGAGAUUGCAAAACAUUUGUUUAUGGCGGUUGCAAAGGAAAUGAAAAUAAUUUUAAAACUCUUUUUUCGUGUAGAAUGACCUUUGCUGAUUAUGGAAAUUGUAAAGGAAAAGUAUUGCGAUAUUAUCACAAGAAUGGAAUUUGUCAUCCUUUUUACUAUAGUGGUUGUGGAGGCAAUAAUAAUAAUUUCAUAAAUAUUAACGAAUGCAAAAAAUAUUGCAUUGAUAUCUGA